AAGAGAGAGAACAGAAUAUGGAGUCAGAUGACAAAGUAGAACUCAUCAGUCUUGCAAUCGAAAAGCUCAUAGAAGAAAAGAAGAAGAAGAAGAAGGAUGGCUCUUCUCAUGAUGACCAGCUUCUGCUUUCCAAUUUGCUUUCUCAGUUGGAAUCCCUAAGAGGAGAUGAAGCGCUUAAGCAAUCUGGGGGAGUAACUGAACCGGAGGCGGUAACUUCGCCUGCUGCUGUUGGCGAAUCACACUCAAAGGGUGUGGAUGGUAGUCAGCUAGACAAUGGAGGUGCUAAAAAUGAUCUGGACGAGAUUGCCAAUGAGCUGAGAAAGUUGAAGAGACAGAACUUAAUAACACAUUGUCUUCUUUCAGCUAUGAUUGUUCUCACUGUUGUCUGGCAAUUAUCCGAGGUCAAACUCAUUUGGCAUCUUAAGGAAGGAUUGAGCCACCCAGUUAGAUCCGCAGGAAGUAUGCUCAUGGGGUUCCUAAGGCGCUCACGAAACAAUGGUCAGUAUAGAGAAAGAAUAAACCUAAUUGAAUCUCAUCUCAAAAUGCCGGAGCUACCCCAUAUGGAUUUAUCAGAAUUUCGACUGAAUGGUGAGAAGGCACUGAAUCAUCACCGUAGUGCUUGGCAUGAUGCUAAGAACUCCCUAAUUGAAUUUAAACCACUCCCUUCUCUCAAAUUUCCGGAGAUCCCUCAUAAGGAUUUAUUGGAAUUUGUUGUGAAUGGUGAAGAAGCUUGAAACGACAUUGCGGUGUUUGGAAUGAAGCAAGAAAUGGAGUUGUUGAUUAUGGUGUUAGUUGGUUCAAUAUAUUAUGUUUGCAUUGGAGCAGAGUAAAAUGUGUGCACGUCUCUUUCCCUUAUCCGUCAAAUUCUUCAAGAAACAAAUGUAUUAUAGUGUUAUUGUCCUGUAAUCCAGAUGUUUAAACUGUUUAUUCAAGUUGGAUGUGUUGUUAAAUAAAUUGUUUGGGUUUUUGGUAA